AUGCACACAAACACUGUUAACACGGCAAAAACGUUGCCAUCGCCACUAAAUAAAGAUGGUAAAGGCUUGGGAAAAGGUGGCGCUAAACGUCACAGGAAAGUGCAAGGUAUUACCAAGCCAGCUAUUAGACGUUUGACUCGUCGUGGCGGUGUAAAACGUAUCUCUGGCCUGAUUUACGAAGAAACUCGUGGUGUUCUGAAGGUGUUUUUGGAAAACGUUAUUCGUGAUGCUGUCACCUACACCGAACAUGCUAAGCGUAAAACCGUCACCGCUAUGGAUGGAAAGUCCCACAGGGAUCAGAAUUGGACCCUGUUCUUUUCAACCUAUUCCUCGCUAACAUCCCGCAGCCAACUGGAGGGGUCAUGGCCUCAAUCUUUGCCGAUGACAUAA